AUGUACCGCUGCUACCGACUGGCGCAUGGGCGACCACGUCACGACGACGCUGUAAAGGAGGCGCCCUAUUGCCUCGUGUGUCGUCGAUCGAGCGCCGGCGCGUGGCGCAAGCACCUUUACUCCCGCACACAUCAAGAGGCCGCGCACGGGUUCCUUCUGUUUGAGGGGCACCGACUGGCGGCGCUCGCGCGUGACGCGAACGCAGUGCCAGUUGCCGCCUGUGCCUCGUCGUGGCGCUGUGUCUUUUGCGCCGUUGCAGUGCCCCGAGCCGAUGCGUUGGCACACGUUGGCACGAAGCGCCACCAGCGACGGGUUGGGGGCUUUUGCCGACGGUAUCGCUGCGAUGCAGACCGACAGAUGCGGACCCAACUGUGGCUGCAGACGAUGCAGCCAAGUCGAGAGGUACGCGAAGAUGAACGACGGCACCUCGAGACGGUAGCAAGCAACACAAGUGAUCAGGACAAUCCGUUACACCAAGAGGGGAAAAUUCAUUCCCAGGUGAAGGACGCGACGAGUGAGCGCGUUGCAGCUUUUCUGUCGUCCGCAACGUCGAGACUACAGGAGGUGGAGACCGAGAGAAGGAGGAGACAGGUGGAUGAGUGUUUUGCCACGGCUACUUGCACUGCUGCUGCAUCUCAGCAACAACGACAGGAUGAAGAAGUCCUAUUUGGCCCAUUGAUGGAUCACGCGCUGGCUGGGGAUUGCAAGACGGUCGUGUCGGCUGACGGAGUGGUGCAGAACCCCGUCGGACGGCAUGAAGGUAGACGCGUGUGGGGCGGUGGGAUCGUAAAGCUGCGCAAGACUGAGUGCAUGCUGUGGCCGAUCGAUCGCUUGGUGAAAGAAGAGCAGAGGGAGCAGUCAGCAGAGACGCAGCAGACGGAGACGAGUGGCCACGUCCUUACACAUCGAGUGACUGAGCUCGCUCGAAGUCGAGGAUGUAGUUCCAUUGCCUCUGUGUCGUGGGGUGCUAGCGUCGGAAACAUACACAGUGCAGCCGUGCCGCCAUGGAUGGUGCAGACGGAAGAGGAGUACAAAAAAUGCAAUCAGAGAGACCAGGGGGCGCCAGUACGUGGCAUGGUGAUCAGUCAGCAGCAGCAGAGCAAGGGUCUGACGGAAGCGAAGAGGAGAGACAUCUUUGCAGUGCUUGAGUCGAAGUCCGAGUGUGGUCCAAACUGGCUGCCGAACUUUGGUGGCGUUUGGGAAGAAGGGCCUCGCUCCAAGACAAAGCAAGCGUUUCGAAGAGCAGGAAACGUGGGAAACAAUGUAAGUGCUCGAGAUGAAGCUGGGAAGUUGAAGUGCAGUCCGUCGAACGUGCCGAGGCAGACAUUGACUGCACGCAUAACGCCUGCGAUUUCUCAAAAGCCUUUACGCUUACCAAUUCGACAGCCAGCUGCACGACAACAGUCCGUUGUGGAAGUGAAGCAAGAGGUGAGAACUGCGUCAGCUCGUGAGACGGUGGAUUCGGACGAAAGCAGCGCGUGCGCUCUGGAUGCAAAGAAGCAGUUGCUGAUGGCUCAAAAAGAGCGUCUACGAGCAAGGAUGGCGGCGAGAAAGAGGUAG